CGCCGAGCGGUGCGUUGGGACUUGUAGUUUCCCCCGUAGGAUUGUGGGAGUCGUGGUUUUCCUGCUGGCCGGGUGUGAGAGGCUCCGCCGCUGGGCUCUUAGCAGAUCUUGGCGAUCUCGAGGACCUGCCAUCCCAGCUCCCUCUCAUGCACCUGACUGGGAGGGUGACAUUGAUCACAAGUGAACUCACAGGUUGUACAUCAUGAACUGGAAGGUCCUCGAUCAUGUGCCCCUGCUGCUGUAUAUCUUGGCAGCCAAGACGCUGAUUUUCUGCCUGGCAUUUGCUGCAGUGAAAAUGUACCAAAGGAAGAGACUGGAAGCAAAGCAGCAAAAACUGGAGGUGGAAAAGAAGACGCAGUGAGAGAAGAAGGAGAGCCAAA